CUCAGCUCUUUUAUUUUCCCACUCUCUUGAACUUACAGCUUUACUGGACCUCUGACUCUUACUGGUACUGACACUGGCGACUCCUUCCAUAAAUGUUAAAUAUAAACAAUGUCGCAGUUUUUUUUUUAUCUCUUUAUGUCGAGCUGUUAUUAUACAAACGAUAACAAGCACAUUAAUAUCAAUCUGUGAUUUGCAGCUGCGCUACUGAACGCCUUCUGACCAAUCACAAUCCAGAAUUCAGUAGUGCUCUGGUCCAAAUUACACUGUAGGGAUUGUUUUGUCUUGUGCUUCAGCGUGUGUCUGGUCUGAAAAAUAAAAUCUGCUAUUUUAAACUUGUUUCCAGUCAAGUUAAAUAACUGUAAAAUGCUUCAAUACAGACAGCGCAGAUUAUACACUAAGAUCAACAGCAGUGUGCACAUUAGUGUGUUAUUGGGGUGUAAAGCACUGACGUUAUCUGUAUCUGUUUAGUGGCUCGAAUACGGGUAUCUGUACUCAGAUUUAAACCUGAAGUGGGCGUGGCCUAAACCUGUUUUUUCUUUCUUUCUUUCUUUUUUAAAGAUGUCACUGCACCCCCGGGAAAACACUGAAAGCAGGUGUAGAAAUGUCAGCAGUGUCAGCAUGAUGCAUGAAUUCUGACAGUUCCUCAACCUCAGCUACAUCAUGCCGCAUGUUUUCUUUAAUCCGUUCGUGGCGUUCUACCUGCCCACCAUCUGUUUGAAUGAUUUUAGUCAUGUUCUAUGUCUCAAAAAUAUAAACAAACUAAUAUCAUUCAAACCAUCGUGACCCUGAGCAAGUAUUGUGUGUCGUCAGUCAUGUUCCAGUCUCCUGUAUUAUUUCAUUUUUAUUUUCAAAUGUAAAACAGUUUACAUUGUAAAGGGUGUCAUGAUUAUGUCCGUUUAGAUGUACGCUGACUUACAAUUGACUAACAGAAUAACUUGGAGAAAAGGGAAAUGGCUCUUCAGCACUUCCUCUGUGGACUCGGAGGUGUAAAAAUAAAACGGUAAUCACUGAGAUAGAACUCAGCAACUGGUAAAAUACAUGCACCGAUUUCUCCAGACAACAGAUUUGAAUGGAACGUUUGCUAAAUGGUGUACAGUUAUGGGGAAAACCGAAGAUCUUAAUAUAAGUUUACUGAUUGCCAUGUGACAAAACCUCAGCAGCUAUUAUACCACACACUACUGGAGAAAGACUGCUGGUCGGCUGUUAGAGCAAAACUUCCUUUUUUCCCACAGAGGCAACUCUACGUGAAUCACUCAACAUCACUUCUUUGGGUGUCAACUCUUAAAGGAACUAUAUAUGGAUUAUCGCUAACAUGGAGGCUAGCACACACAGGCUAAUGCUAGUAUGCUUGGUGAUAAUCAAGUUUCUGAUCGGAUUGGCAGUGUUUGUUCAGGAUACAGAAUUUCUGAGGAAACACCCAUGCAACAUCCACAUGAAUGAAACUACAGAGACUGUUGAGUUUGACUGCCAUGGACGGAAAUUACGAGACCUGCCCGUUAUUUUUAAGAACACCAUCAGCCUUGAUUUAUCUGACAAUGGAAUCAAGAACCUAUCAGCAAAUGCACUGAAAGACCUGCAGAAACUGAUCGAUCUAAAUCUAGACUGGAUGAACCACAAAUUUAACGUGAACAUCACCGAGGGGGCUUUUGCAAACUUAAUAAACCUGGAAAAAUUGCGGCUUAACGGAGUGGGUCUGCCAGAGGUACCUGCACAGCUUCCGAACUCCCUGAAAGAACUGAGAUUGGACAUGAACAACAUUUUCUCGCUAAGUCCCGGAAACUUUUUACAACUAAAAAACCUGACCCAUCUUUAUCUAUCCAAAAAUUGCUUUUACGGGAAUCCCUGUUUGAAGAGUUUCAAAAUUGAUAACGGAACUUUUUCAAGUUUGGACAAGUUACUACAUCUGAGUUUGUCAUAUAAUAAUCUCACCCACGUUCCCAGAUAUUUGCCUGUCUCCUUGGUAACACUUGAACUCGCUUCCAACAAUAUAUCGUUCAUCGGAGAAGAUGAUUUCAAACAGCUCCCAAAUCUCGAAACCCUUAAAAUUCAGGGAAAUUGUCCACGCUGUUACAACGCUCCGUAUCCAUGCACACCGUGUGCCAAUGGUUCUAUCGAUAUUCAUGAACGAGCUUUCGACCACCUUCAAACUCUUAAAUUACUGCAUCUUGCUGGGAAUUCGAUUUCUAUCAUCAAGAAAGCUUGGUUCAGGAACAUACUGAAGCUCCAGGAACUCUACCUUUCCUACAAUUUUCUGACAGAACAGAUCCAGGAUGGAGCAUUUUUGAGUAACUUAAGGCUCCUGGAAAAACUUGAUCUCUCAUUUAAUUAUGGAUUACAAGCUUAUCCAGAAACUGUGCACCUAGCACCAACCUUUGCCAACUUGGUCAGUCUUCACACGCUGCAUAUCCAAGGUUUGGUUUUCAGAAAGAUCCAAAACCACUCAUUGGAAUCUCUUUAUGGUUUGCAAAAUCUGUCCACGUUAGAUAUAGGAAUCAAUUUCAUCGUGAACGUGGAUCCAGACAUAUUUAACAAAUUUAAUAAUUUAAAACUGCUGUAUCUGUCAGAAAACCGUCUCUAUCCUAUCACUAACUCUGAGGUUAGUGAGCCAGAUAAUAACAUAAAGCCUCCACGCUUCAACCUACCUGGGCUGACAGAUUCUCUUUUUCAAAGGAAUAUAGAACCUUAUCAGCCUAUUAAAGGGCUGAUCAAACCUGAGUGCUUCGCUGCUGGUCGUGUGCUGGAUCUGAGCAGAAAUAAUCUUUUUUUUAUUUCCCCGAAGGAAUUUGAGGGAUAUAUAAACAUUUCCUGCCUCAACCUGUCCAGAAAUGGCUUUGCAUCGGCGUUAAAUGGAACAGAAUUCACAACACUGCCUAACCUAAAAUAUUUAGAUUUGUCUUAUAACAAGAUCGAUUUGGCCUACGAUUACGCUUUUGAAGAAUUAAAGGAGUUGGAGGUGCUUGACCUCAGCUUUAACGAACAUUAUUUCAUUGUGCCCGGGGUGACCCAUAAUUUGAACUUCCUAAAAAAUUUGCCUAAGCUGAGAGUAUUAAACAUGAGUUCCAACAGCAUUUUUACACUAACGACGAAGCACAUGUGCAGCGACUCGCUGGUCGAGCUUCAGUUCAAGGAUAAUCAACUGGGGAAGCUUUGGAAAAGUAAGAAAGGUACAUACAAUAGUUACACGCAACUUUUUUGGAACUUGACAAAUCUGACCCAUCUUGAUAUAUCACGCAAUAACAUCCUGAAGUUACCUACAGAUGUUUACAAAUACCUGCCUGUCACACUAAAAAGAUUCAGACUGAACAACAAUGCCCUGACGAGUCUCGACUGGACUUUGAUGAAGACCUUUACACAGCUUAAGGAGCUCAUUCUUGGCUACAACCACCUGACGUAUGUCUCUGCAAACAUAACCCAGAAUAUCCCGUCCUUGCGUUACCUCGACCUGAGCCAUAACAGAAUCUCUCGUCUGGACAGCUACUUUCUCAAAGGCGCGGGCAAUCUUAAAAUGCUGGAUCUGAGUUAUAAUAAAUUAAGCAUCAUUAAUGACACCACCUUCCCACCCAAGGAAGAAAAUCACUUGAACACUUUGUGGCUCCAUAAGAACCCGUAUCGUUGCACGUGCGACAUAAGAGAAUUUAUCCAUUGGAUUUUGAAAAGCAACCUGCCGAAAAUCCCCAAACUGUACACUUCUGUGCAGUGCAGCAUGCCUGAAGCAACCAAGGGCAACAGGCUGAUAUCCUUUGAAAUCAAUCAAUGCAAUAAUGAAAACGUCGCCUUCGCGCUCUACUUAUUCUUCACGUCGCUCAUUGUUGUGGUCACCUUUGUGGCAACCUUGAUGCACAUGUUCUACUGGGACUUUUCAUACGUGUUCUACUACAUGAAAGCCAAAUUCAAAGGGUACCAGCACUUGAGCUCUGGAAUUAAUGCCUACGAUGCCUUUGUUACUUACGACACCAAAGACCCGCAGGUUUCCGAGUGGGUCCUGAACCAUCUCCGGGUUCAGCUGGAGGAACAAGGUGAUCACUUCCUUCCGGUCUGUUUGGAAGAACGUGACUGGCUGCCCGGCUGCCCCGUCCUAGACAGCCUGACCAACAGCAUUCGGCAGAGUCGCAAGACAGUCUUUGUCCUCACUCAUUCCUACGUGAAGAGCGGCUCAUUCAAGAUGGCCAUGUACCUGGCACACCAGCGUCUGCUGGAUGAAAGCGAGGACGUGAUCGUGCUGCUGCUACUUGAUCCUGUGCUGCAGAACUCGCAUUUCCUGCGCCUGCGGAGGCGACUCUGCAGCCACAGCGUGCUCGAGUGGCCCCGGACGCCCGCCGCAGAACCCUGGUUCUGGCAAUGUCUGAGAAAUGUAAUUCGACUUGAGAACAAUGUCAUGUACAGCAACAUCUACUCCAGAUACUUCACUAUCAAAAACAGACCCAGAGAGAGAGACUGAACUGCACGAUAUAUAUAUAUUUCAUAUUAUAAAUAUUUCAUAUAUAAAAUAUAUUUCAACAAACAUCAUAUUCGUAUCAUUAUGAGCAUGAUUCUGACGACUGCAUAAAGGUGAACAUUCACGUGUGAAAAUACUGCAGUGCGAACGUCUCAUGGGCAACAUUUCUAUUUCUUUUUUAAUUAAGUCACAGAUAUCAGAACUAAUUUCUGUAGUUACAUAGCUCUCAUUUAUUUCUAUUAGUUUUAUAGCAAGUUGGUUGCUAGGGUGUUGCCAGGUGGUUGCUAGGUUAUUGCUUUGUGGUUCCUACACUGUUUCUCGUCGGUUGCUACUGUAUGAUAUUAAAGGGGGUUGCUAUGCUAUCUCAGCUGGUUGCUAUGGUGUUUUUAGAUGGUUGCUAUGCUAUCCCAGCUGGUUGCUAUGGUGUUGCUGGGUGGUUGCUAUGCUAUCCUAAGUGGUCAAUAGAUUGUUGCUAGGAGGCUCCCAUGAUACUCUAGGUGGUUGAAGAAACACGUCUUGGCUACACAGACUACACGUGAAAUUAGGAGAGCACUGUUUAUAUUUUAGUUUUGUCUGAACUGCUGUAUUAAAAGCCUUCUCUCUCAGUAGCAUGCUAUUUAUCUACGCUACACUGUCAAAAGUCCAGGUACUGUAGAAUUUUGUUUCCAGUUUUGAACAAAAGGUGUAAAUACAGUAUUGAAGGUAAACAGUGGUUGAGCUGUUGAACUGACUGAGGUGUAAAGAUGCCUUACAUCGUCUGGGUUCUGCUAAAGGGACGUGUGAGAACUUUUUUAACAGAUGUGCAAUGAAUGAUACUGAUACAUGACACAACUUUAUCACAGAUAUUACGCACGUUAACGUCGAGAAUAAGAUUCAUGAAAAGGCGUUUUAGAAAGAAAUUCUGAAAAGAAAGAAGUGAUGGCCCAGUGCUUCCUGUUUCGCUGUGAGAAAUAUUGUAGAUGGUGUGUUUUGUUUUGUUUUUUAAUGAAAAAAGGAAAUUGUUCCUUUGUUGCUUUUGUACUAAAUAAAACUUCAAAAUUCAUUU